AUGAGCUCCACCCUUAUUUUGCACUUGCAGAAGGUUCUUAGCACCUUCGACUGGGUCGUACAAGAGUUUUGCUUCACAUCAUUCAACAGCUUUCUCUCUCAGGUUAGCAUGGACGAGGUGUCGCCAGCUGUGGUAGACAUCAAGACAAGUGGAUGGGAGAAAUCAAAAUCAGGCCAUGAAGAAAUCUCCAUGACACUAAGUUCUAAUGAGAAGGAUACAGUGCCUGUAACGUUUCAAGAGACCCUCUCCGGUGCUAUAAGCGCUGCAACAGUAGCUCUCAUGGACGAUGCUCACAUAAGCACCUCCCCUUCAAUGAUGGUGCAGCAGGAUGAAGACGAAGUAGCCAUGAAACCAAAUAGUAACAGCUUGUCAGGAGAUAUGCCAGCGGCUGAGGUUGUUGCCAUAGAGAGACCGUUCAUCGCCCCCGGCCCCACCGUUCAGUCCCCCAUCACAGUCGUGCUGGACAGUGCAGAUCUCUGGGCCCAGUUCUAUCAAGCAGGAACGGAAAUGAUCAUCACUAAAACUGGAAGGAGAAUGUUCCCCUCCAUAGUGACCAGUGUGAGUGGACUGGAGCCGGACUCCAAAUACUCUAUAGCACUCGAGGUCAAUCCUGCUGACACACAUCGCUACAAGUUUGUCAACGCUCGAUGGGUAUUUGCGGGCAAGGGUGAAUCACAUGACGAAGGCAUGCUCGUGUUCAAUCAUCCGGAGUCACCAUCAACUGGCAAGCAUUGGACCAAAAAUAAAGUGUCGUUCAAAAAAAUAAAGUUGUCCAACAACAGGAACAACAAGAAGGGUCAGGUGGUCGCAUUGAACUCAAUGCACAAGUAUCUUCCUCGUGUGGUCGUUUCCAAGGUGAUUUCAAAAAAGAAAUCGGUAGUGGUACACACGGAAGAUUUGGAGAAAUGCAGCUUUGUGGCUGUGACUGCUUAUCAGAAUGAUCAAGUAACUCAACUGAAGAUCGACUAUAAUCCAUUUGCUAAGGCCUUCAGAGAUGCUGGUACUGACCAACAGUAUGGUUCCUAUGGCAAUGCUGCCACCAGUGCUGGAAUGAUGAGUGCCUGGCCCCCUCUCUCUCCACUCCUCUCACCUUAUGGAGAUCACACCACUCAACCUCUCUUGAGCCCGGCUGGACUACAACACUCACCCUUACCUCAGUUCAACACUGCAUUCGGCAACUUUGAGUCCCCUCCAUUCUCACCGCUGCCAGCCUACAGGCAGAUACAGCCACAGAACCAAGUGCUCCAGCAGCCAUUGUUUGGACUCAGCAAUCAGCAAUCUCGACCGUCACCUAUACCUCGAUUCAACUCUGUGUUCAACCACUGGGACACACCCACCAACCCCAGUAGCACUCCACUGUCCCACCAUCCCAACAGUGCCUUCAUGAUCCCUCCAGGAGAUAUAAUACCUCCUCUCACUCAACCCCCUACCACGCUACCAUAGUAACAUGUUCAUCCUAGGACACUACUGUAGUUGACUACAUGAC